AUGAGGCUAGGAGGAGGCUUGGUGGCCCUGCUCCUGCUCGUCUGUGUACCGCCGUGGUGUGCGGGCUGGUGGUGGGGAGGCAAACCCCGGGGGUACCGCCCGGAGGGUCGGCGGGGGUUCCGCGGAGGAGACCGGCGCUUCGGGUACCGGCGUCACGGGUUCGGCCGUAGACCCUGGGAGAAAAGGGUUUGCUUUCAUGACCAAGUUCCGAUACCGACGUUUCCCGAAAACGUGGACCAAGCCACCGCUGUUGUACGGAGCUAUAAAGCCAUUCUGCGGUUUCCGGUCGACUUACCGAAUGCAACGACAUCUAUCGACCUGAACUAUAACCUCAUCAACGGACUGGCCAAUCAGACCUUGGCAAAACUGCAAGAUUUGCAGAUUCUGUUGCUCCGACAAAACAUGAUCGCCCACAUCGAACCAGACACAUUCCGGCACGUCCCCAAACUCACGACUCUCGUCCUGGGUGGUAACCGUCUAACCGACUUCCCCUGGCGGCAUAUGCAGGCACAAUCGUUGCUGACGUACUUGGGUUUGGCCGGAAACCGUCUGACGUCACUUCCGACUGAAACCUUCCGGUUCCUGCCUGCGCUGAAGGAACUGCGCAUCGAAAACAACAAGUUAACCUCCAUUCCUGAAGGAAUCUUCAAUGACCGGCCUUCGCUGGAAACGGUGUACAUGAGAGAGAAUCCAUGGCAGUGUGACUGUGGGUUCCUGUCGUCCUACAAGACCUUCCCAUCGAAAAUAACCCGCCUACACCCCUGCAUGACCUGCGCUUCUCCCCAGGAAUACCGCCAGAUGUUGGUGUCGUCGGUAACCCCUGAAUGCACCGAAGGCUCGGGCGAAGUUGAUGAGACAAAGAAUAACACCGAAGGUUCGGGAGAGAUUGAAGAGACAACCAAUGACAACGUCAGCCAGAAGAAUCCAGAAAACAGUGACACCGUGAAUCUGUUGGGUGAAACGGCACUUCCCCGCAAAUUCUGCCCACUUUGGCGCCCACGAUGUCGCCGCUUUCAUCAGGGUAUUCAUCGUGCAUCAUCACAAGAAAACGACGAACAGACCAAAAUGACGAAAACAGAUACGAAGAAACUUGCCUCACCGCUUCUUUCCAACAAGCCUCUGUCCUAUCUUUAUGGAAACCAAGGCCAGUCCGCCAAGCGUUUGGAGAACGACGGCAACGUAAACCCUGGACAAACAGUCAAGUCUACCACAAGGCCCAUACCGAACACUCGACGACUGACCACUGAUAGGGACGAUGUCUUCAAGGGACGUCCUGGCCAAGGACACCUGAUUCAGCGAUUUUGGCGUACACCAAAACCAAGCGAUCAACCAAUAGGGUCCCAGAAGACAGCGACGAGCGCCAAUCAUCGCACCGAUUCACUAUCUACUCGACCAAUGAAAAGGCUCGUUGUACAGCUACCGAGGGCUGGGGCAUUUCAUGCCAUUCACCCGAAGACCAUAGCCAUCAUUGCGGUCCUGGUCGCACUGGUGGGGGUUUCACCGCUCUGUGUGGCUCUCCUGAAGACCCUCAGGACAAAGAAACAGGAGAAGACUCAGACUGAGGCACCCACCGAAGUAGACGAUGGCGAGAUACAACCCUACAGUACCACGUACCUGUCGAAGAUCAACAUCUCGGAAUCUCCGCUCCCAAAACCACCCCAGCUGGCGAGUGGUUACUCCAAUCCUGCCGACCUCACCAUCGUCCGGCAGACAUAUGCCGAACCUUACUCCACUCAAACUAACCCAAAAGGGCAAAUCAACACCUCAAAUGGCGACCCCAAGACCAGUUUGAACAUACACGGUCCAGAAGCAGAAGACGUCUACGAAGAUGCCGUGCCGGUGGUGUUCAAGAUAGGACGAUUUCCAGCCGAAGAGAUGGAAGGAGAGCUACUGGACAAGUUGAACAACGAGCCUUUCCGCCUCGAGCAGGCAGCCAACAGCCUUCAGGCCCAGGCUGCCCAGACCCGUCAGUCAUCGGAUCAACUGAACCAACCAUUCUAUCACACGAUUGCCGCGUGUCCUCCAGGUGAAGCCGCCAGUCCAUCUGCCUUUCGUGAGGAGACAGACGAGUACGGAGAGGUCUGGAACUGCAUCGGCAGCGCUGAACUGGAGAAGGAAGGAAACCAGGAGGCGACUGGUCUUGGGAUGAAGGGAGGGCCCCAGGCGGAGAUGGAAGCCAACAUGGACUACUACUACCAGCAGCUGAUCAAGCCUCACAUCUACGAGAAACCGGAAGUCGUCAUCGCCAAGCUCAAGCUGAAGACUUAAAGUCGUAAGAAGACAAAAACAGUCUUGAUGCAUUUUUGUGAUGGCAUAUCACUUGCAGUGCUUAUGUGUACCGUAGUGUUGUUAUUUCUUCUUUUUGACUCCAAAUGCGGAGUCUUAGUGUUCGGCCUGUGUGUUUGAGUUGGUGUGUGUUUCAAUACAAUGUCAAGAGAGUAAGAGGAAGUUAGCGGGAGAUGAUCUCAAAAUUCAAGAUUGGCCGGAAGUACAGUUCAGAGGUGUUAGAGCCAGUUUUUCUCUUCACAACACUUCAUGCAUUUGAUUAUUACAUACCACUUUACUUAGUAUAUCCAGUGAGAUCCUAGUCACAGGAAGUACACACACAUUGAAGGACUACAGAUUGUGACAAUCAUUUCCAGAGUAAUCAACUAUGUAUUUUCAUAGACCGCCUGGUUUUUGUGUUGUCUUGUGUGUCCUGCCGAUGGUUUACUUUUUUCUAGACGCCUCGUCGUACAUGGCGAUCAGAGUAAGUAGUAUUUCACGUUACCAUUGCUCUAUACAUUAACGUGAUGGCUGAAAACAUACCUACGUAUACCUGUUUUUGCCUUUGCCUCAUCUCAUUGUAUUCAAUUCAAGAUUAUGUGAUCCCUCUUUCUCAUCUAGUAAUACCUAAGCGUAGUUUGACGUAUUUUGUGUUUGUGCCAAAGAAUACAUGUACCAUCACACUUCAAGGCCAGAGAAAAACUAGACAUGUCUGUAAAAAUACUGAUUAGAAAUAGCCAAUCCACAGUAUAGAUACACACUUAUAUCACACAGCGUAGCCAAUUCAAAGAGACCGAGGAACGUUGACAUUGCACUCAAGUAACAAAUCCUCGACGCUGUAGAACAUUUGAAUGUCAAAGUAAAAUAGAAAAAGGAAUGAUGUAAACACGACCAACAGUCACAUGCGAGUCGUGAAAGAGCUCACUACAAGGAGCAUUACGUUAUGGAUUACAUACAUAAUCAAGCAUACAAUAGCUAUACAAUUAACACAAUGUCUGGCAACACUAAUGACAGAGGAUCUUGACCUGAUACCUGUACUUCUCAUUUUCAAAUCAGUCUCUUAGUGUAGAGGGGAAGACCACAAACUCUUUCUAGAGGGACUCCAUAGAGUGCUGAACAGUGUGUUUAUGUCACACUGACUGUAAGAUGUGUAGGUUGCGUGAAACAAGCAAUAAACGGCACAUUCUGA